AUGAAGCUCACCACCGCCACCCUCCUCAGCAUUCAGCUCCCCUUCCUGGUAUCCGCCCACUACAACCCUCAUCUAGCCCGCGACAACAUCCCCGAAUGGAUUCCCGGCGGACCAAACGAUUUCCGCGGUCCCUGCCCCAUGAUGAACACGCUGGCUAAUCACGGCUACCUCCCCCGCGACGGCGGCAACAUUACGAAGCCUAAUGCCGUCCAGGCGCUGUCGUCGGCGCUCAACUUCAACACCUCGCUCGCGGAGCUGAUGUUCGAGAUGGCGAUUAUAGCAAAUCCGGAGCCGAACGCUACCUUCUUUACGCUGGACCAGCUCAACCGGCACAACGUCCUCGAGCACGACGCAAGUAUGAGCCGUACCGAUGCCUUCUUUGGAAAUAACCACAUCUUCAACCAAUCUGUCUUCGAUGCCACGCGGGUGUACUGGACCGGCUCGACGCUCACCGCGGACAUGCUGGCCAACGGGAAGAUCGCGCGGCAGAUCGAGUCGAAGGCGUUCAAUCCGAACUACACGUUCACAGCCACGACGGAGCAGUUCAGUCUGGGCGAGGUGGCGGCGCCGAUUAUAGUGUUUGGGGAUAUGCAGAGCGGGACGGUGGAGCGGGAGUUGGUGGAGUACUUCUUUGCAGAGAACGAAAGGCUGCCGACUGAGCUGGGAUGGACGAAGAAGGCGCAGGCGGUGACCGUGGAGCAGGUUGGCGGGGUUUCGCAGAUGAUCGCUCAGGCUGCGAGUCUGUUGACUGAUGGCGCGGCGGCGACGAAGAAAAGAUGGGUGGAUUUGCACGCUGGGGCGGGGUUUUGA